GUAUGCGAGAGUUGAUGGUGAUUUUAUUCUAGCUAUGAUAUUAUUGCUCAAGUAUUCUCCUAAUCUGGAGGUUCUACAGUUGCUGUCUUAUGAGAAUGUACGCUGGUCUAAGAAUUGGCAGAUGCAUGAUCUUGAUGAAAGCAUUGUGUGGUUGGAAUCUCAUAUAAAGUCAAUUCAUUUGACAAAUUUCAAAGGUGUAGAAAACGAGAUAAAACUAGUAAAGUUUUUUCUGAUGAAUGCACGAGUGUUGGAAAAACUGACUAUUAUCUGGGAUGAGUAUCCUGAUAAAUCAGAAGAGGCGUUAGUGGAGGUUUUAAAGUUUCCUACAACUUCUUCACAGGUUGUUUUGACAUUUCUCGAUGCCAAGCCCCAACCAAGUUCUCGUAAAUGGUACGAUAGAUAA